ACACACAAAAAAUAGAACUGUAUCCUCUGAAAAGAUCCAAGAAAAGUUAUAGUUCUUACAAAAAACAGCUAUGGCUUCGCAGUGGACAAUACAAAAACUUGUCACUUGGAGAGUCAAAGAUUGGGCUACCUGUUUCUUGGCUUCCAAGAUUCCUAUAGACGUAGACGAAGAUGGAGUUAAUACUUCCGGAAACACAAUGAACAGCAACAAUGUAAUGUUUAAGAGAACAAAGAGGAAGAUGAAGAGUAAAAAGAAGAGAUCAGAGAGGAAACUCAGUCUAAGCCCACCAGGGACACGUCAUCAUCAUCUAAGAAGCAGCAGCGUUUCUCCUACGUCGGCGUCUCAGAACCGGCGGUUGAGCUGGCAGCAGCAGCAGUCACUGGCCUCAGACGAACCUGGCUUCAUUGUCUUCUGCUUCGACCGUGAAGACGGUGGAUUUGACGUUGUCAAAGAGGGAAAAGAAGAGAGGAAGGAGGUGGAAUUGUCCUCGGAAAAGUUACCGAGGACGGUUAAUCGUAAGCUUAUUUAUGGAGAUCAAGGGGAAGUAAAAACAGAGAAGGUUAACUCGCCGGAGAUUAAAGAGCCAGAACAAGAUCACGAUAAGACCAAAUUGCAAGAAACUAAAGAUGUUUCAUGUGAUGUUCAUGAUCAGAAGAAUGAGGAAGAAGAAGUUGAUGCCUCUGAUAAAUCUAGCGGGUCUAGUCAUUCAGACGAAAGAAGGGGAUCGUUUGCAUUUCCCAUAUUGGGAGUUGAGUGGAUGAGCCCUGUCCAGAUGCCUAAAACAGAUGACUUAUCUCCCGAGAAACAAAAGCCAAUUGCUUUAGGGUUUCAGUGUUGUCGAUUCUAAAAGGGAGAAACACUCCAAUUUUUUUUUUAUGAGAUUCUUUUGCACUACUAUGUUUCUGAGUAAUAUAUAGAAAAAAUUGGUAAAUUGGGUAAAUCGCAAGUUUGAAAUUAGGGAAUUGGGCGACCUCAAGUUUAAAUUAUUAAAACAGAAACAUUACAACUUCUUCUAGGUGGAUUUUAAAGUUGGACUUUAUGUAAUUAAUGCUAUACUAAUCUACUUAUUAUUAGACAUGCCUUUUAUAAAUAAUUAAUAUCAACUAUUACCAUAGUUUUUCACUUCUUACCUUAUUAUUAUAUCCACUACGCAUGUUUCCUUAUAUUGCAUAUAUUUAACUAUAAGCUAGAUACAUCCACUAGCAUAUUAUAUUAUAAGAUAGAUUAUUAAUAAUACAUCUACUAACAUAUAAUACUAUACGACAGAUUACUAAUAAUACAAUAUAUUAUCUGUAUUUAUUAACUUGCAUCUAUCAAUAUUAGCAAUACUAUG